UGAGACAUGGUCCGCGUCGGCCACCGUAGUGCAGUGACAACAAGGCAAAGCACUUUGGUCGGACUCCGCCUGUGGCUAAGCUGUUAGCUCAUAAGUAGCUUUCUAGUUUGUUGUGGAUGCGGACAGUCGGGCUGCGAUAGACAGUUGACUGGAGUCAGAUCGUCUGUCCAGGUCUUGAAACUUGUAAUCAGAGGAAGAUGAGGCUGAAGGAGAUUCCAGAGGACUGCCCACCAGGCGUGGAGUCCUGCAGGACACCAUCCUAUCUACCUGGCCUUAGGAACAUCAGCACAACAGCUGGAUGCCUCCUUCAACACCACAGCUGCCCUGGAAAUAUUUGAGAUGGAUUUUUCUGACCCCUCUCUGGACAUGCAGUUAAAAGGGUCAUUACCCACCUCAAACAGGUUGCACAGUAUUGUAUGGGUGAACUUCGGAAUGGGAGCAGAUGGUACUGGAGGGAGAUUGGUCGGUGGCAGUGAAAAUGGCACAUUGACUGUAUAUAACCCAGAGGACAUAAUGAACUCUGGAGCAGAGGCAGUCGUGGGACAGUCUGACAAACACACGGGACCCGUUAGAGCUCUCGAUUUCAACCCUUUUCAGAAUAAUCUUCUUGCAUCAGGAGCAAAUGAUUCAGAGAUAUACAUCUGGGAUUUAAACAACUUCAGCAGUCCAAUGACACCAGGAGCAAAGACACAGCCUGCUGAAGACAUCAGUGUUGUGUCCUGGAACAGGCAGGUUCAGCACAUCCUGGCUUCUGCCAACCCCAGCGGGAAAGCAGUUGUGUGGGACCUGAGAAAGAACGAACCGAUCAUCAAGAUCAGUGACCACAGCAACAGGAUGCACUGCUCAGGAAUGCUCUGGCACCCAGAGGUGGCCACUCAAUUGGUAUUGGCCUCUGAAGAUGAUCGGCUGCCAGUCAUCCAGAUGUGGGACCUCCGUUUUGCCACAUCACCCCUUAAAGUCCUUGAGAACCACACAAGGGGAAUUCUGUCCAUAUCCUGGAGCCAAGCUGACUCUGAGCUCCUGCUGAGCAGUGCUAAAGACAACCGAAUCCUCUGCUGGAAUCCAAACACUGGAGAGGUCAUUUAUGAACUUCCCACGACGAACCAGUGGUGUUUUGAUGUUCAGUGGUGCCCCAGGAAUCCAGCCCUGCUUUCAGCAGCAUCGUUUGAUGGGAGAAUCACUGUCUACUCUGUGAUGGGAGGCAGCUUGAAGGCUCAGCAGCAAAGCACAGCUGAUAAGAUAUCCUCGUCAUUUGAUACAAUGGAUCCCUUUGGUACAGGGCAGGUGCUGCCUCCCCUUCAAGUUCCUCAGCCUGCAGCGCAGGACACCAUAGUACCCCCUCUGAAGAAGCCACCCAAGUGGGUGCGCAGGCCAGUGGGGGCCUCCUUUGCUUUUGGUGGAAAGCUGAUAACCUUUGAGAAUCCCAAGCUGCCUCCAGCGCAGAGCCCCCAACCCAUCCCCAGACAAGUGUUUGUGAGCCAGGUUACCACGGAGACCGAGUUCCUCCAGCGCUCCAGGGAGCUGCAGGCGGCGCUGCAGUCGGGUUCCUUCAACAACUACUGCCAGGCCAAGAUUCAGAACGCCAAAUCAGACGCUGAGCAAGACAUAUGGAAGUUCCUUCUGGUUAAUUUUGAGGAUGAAGCUCGCAUUAAGUUCCUCAGACUUCUGGGGUUCAGCAAAGAUGAGCUGGAGAAAAAGAUUUCAAAAUGCCUGGGGAAGAAUUUUCAGCCCAACGGACAUGGAGUAGAUGCCAAAGAUCUGGCAGAAAAGAUGCAGCGGCUUUCCACUGAGAGGUCUGAUGAAGCCGCUGCAGUAGGUGAUGCCAGAACAUCAGGCUCUGUUUCCCCAGCAGACUUUUUCAGUCAGACCCCGAAGGAAAACUCCAACUUCCAGAUCCCUGUAUCAUGUGACACAGACGGGUUGAUAAGCCAGGCACUGCUGGUUGGUAAUUUUGAGGGAGCUGUGGACCUGUGUCUGAAUGACGGCCGUUACGCUGAAGCCAUCCUCCUGGCUAUCAGCGGGGGAGAGGAGCUGCUCAAGAAAACUCAGCAAAAAUACCUAAGCAAGCAAAAGAACAGCAUUUCAAUGCUUAUAUCAUCAGUGGUGACCCAAAACUGGAGAGACAUAGUGCAAAGCUGUGAAUUGGACAACUGGAAGGAGGCUCUGGCUGCUCUUCUGACCUAUGCACACCCUGAAGACUUUGCCCGUCUCUGCGAUACGCUGGGAGGCCGGCUGGAGCGCGAGGGGACGGAGAAACGCUGCCUGCAGGCCUGUCUGUGUUACAUCUGCUCUGGGAACGUUGAGAAGCUGGUGGAGUGCUGGGCCUUGCAUAGAGACUGUUCCUCCCCUCUUGGUCUAGAGGAUCUGGUUGAGAAAGUAAUGAUGCUGCGCAAGUCGAUUGAACGCCUCCGCAACAGCGAGGUGGCAGUCCAGAGCCCCAUCCUGGCCGAGAAGCUCACCUGCUACGCCGGCAUUCUUGCUGCAGAGGGCAGUCUGUCCACUGCCAUGACCUAUUUGCCCGAGAACUCAGACCAACCUGGAAUCAUGAUGCUGAGAGACAGGCUGUUCCACGCUCAGGAAGAGGCUGCCAUUGGACAGCAGCCUCCAAAUUCCUUCAACAGAGUCAGUGUGUCGACAGCCAAGCCUGCUCCUGCUGCUCAGGCUCCUGCACCAAAAGCACAAAUUAUGAGCCAGUACCAGCCCUCUGCCCCUUCCCAGGUGGCUGCACAACCUGCACAGCCUCCUAUUCCAUCGGUUUUUACUCCACAAGCUGCUCCAACCAACACUGGGCCUGGUCUGCCACCCUCUUCUCAUGUACUGCCACCCAGUGUGACCCGCCCUGCUAUGAGGCCUUCCUAUCCGCAAUAUCCUGCUCCGGCUCCAGGUUUCCUUCCUCAUCAGCCAUUCCAGCCUCAGCCUAUGUCCAUGGGUGGGCCCUCAGCCUUCCCUCCUCCAGGUCCUUCUAUGCCAGCAGCUAACUUAUCAGGACCUCCGCUGCCGCCUUCGUCAUCGACCCCCGGAGGUCUGCCCCCCAUGCCCAGCCCCGGGGUGCCACCGACAGGCUUCAUGCCAUCUACCUCUGUACCCUCAGGCCUCAUGCCUCCCAGCUCCCAGCCCGGAGCCCCAGUUCCCAUGUACCCAGGGGGCCUACACAAUCAAGGGCCCGCACCCCCGAUGGCAUCUGGUCCCUACACUCCUCUCGGAUCAGGGUACCCACAGGGAGGCCCCGGGGCUCCUGCUGUAAAGCCCUUCCCAGCCCCUGCUGUCGCCCCCCCCCCUACAGGAUAUUUUCCCUGGCUGAAUUCCCAGUGUGACCAUCAAGGACCUCAAGAAGGCUGGAAUGACCCACCAGCUGUGCGAGGUGGACCCAGGAAGAAGAAGGUCCCUGAUAACUACACUCCACCAGCCCCCAUCACAGCCCCUGUGAUGGGAUUCCCAGUGGAGGCCCCUCAGCCUCACGAUCACGCCCAGGUCCCCCCUGGAGCUCCCCAGGAGCCCAGUGUGCAGCUCCUCCAGCAGCUGCCAGCAGAGAGGGUGGAGCAGAAAGAAAUCCCAGCUGAACACAUGGUCCUCAAAUCCACCUUUGACAGCCUGGUGCAGCGCUGCCAGCUAGCAGCGGGAGACCCCCAAACAAAAAGGAAACUUGAUGAUGCAGCCAAACGCUUGGGAUACCUGUAUGAUAAGCUGAGGGAGCAGUCGCUGUCUCACAACAUCCUGAACGGGCUCCACGAGAUCAGCCGCUGCGUGGCGAGCCAAAACUACCAGCGUGGUCUGGAGGUCCACACCCAGGUGGUCAGCAGCAGCAACUUCAGCGAGAUAUCCGCCUUCAUGCCCAUCCUCAAAGUGGUCAUGACCAUCGCCAACAAGCUGGGUGUCUAAACCACCCCCUCCUCCUCCCCUCCUGGGAACUCCACCAACCAGACUUCAGUGUUAUCAUAUUGUUAUAUAUGUAUUUAUUUCUUUUUGACCUGAUGACGUGCUUUGAUAAUGACAAUAAUUACUGAUAAUAUUGCAGAUUGUGAUCUUCAUCACUCCACACAUGUUCCUUCCACUCAGCUGAU